ACGAAACUCGUUCAAUACAACGUUUCAACUCACUAUCUCACUCUUACUCACUUUGCACAUCUCUAAUUCAGACACAGUUGCAUGAGUAGUUGCGUGAAAUUCAUAUCUUAUCGAUCAUAUUAUGCAUCAGCAGAUGGAUUGAUAGACGCAACCAAUACAACUUGAUUGUACCAUGUGAACAGUCUUGUUAUCCUUAACCCACUGCUUGCCAUCUCGCGUGUGAGUGAUGAACCUCACUCAGUUGCAUUCUCGCCAUCAUCACAGCCAGAAUGUUUGCAAUUUUGCUGUUGACCAUUGGGUUGUGCAUCUUGUAUUACUAUACGUUUGUGGUACGUGCCCGGUAUGCGCAGGACAUUCCCUGCCCAAUGCCUUGCUAUCCACUGAUAGGGAAUGGGCUAUCGUUUAUAGAAAAAUCACCCGUCAAAUUGUUCGAGAACGUAGUACAACCGUUUACACAGUUUGACAGAUGGUUUAAAGUAUGGCUCGGACCUCAACUGUUGUUGUGCACCUCACAUCCAAUGCUUGCGGAUGCUGUACUGAGCCAUGCCAAGUGCCUUGAAAAGCCGUUUUUCUACAGUUUUGUGCAGUUGGAGCAUGGCAUUCUGACACGUAAAUACAACGAUUGGAAACGUUAUCGCAAGGUGCUAAGUCCGGCGUUUAGUACGACCAAGGUGAACAAUGCUUUACCAACAUUAAUAGCCUGUGCGGAUGAACUUGUAUCAAAGCUGGAAUCGAUGGUAAAGAAGAUCUCCACAGUUUCGAUAGCACCAUUACUGAGUGAGUGUAUGUUGAACAUGAUCUUUUCCACCACACUGGGCGCGAAUGUUGUAGAACCGCACGAAGCAAAGCAGAUUUUAACCAAUCUCGACAGCUUAUUUCAGAUGAUAUCUGCUCGCGCAAUAAAUGCUUUACAUCACUAUGACUGGAUUUACAAGUAUACGAACAACUGUAAAAUAGAGACUAACUCGAGGGCUGCAUGUUAUCGUGUGGUGGAUAAAGUUCUUGCAUCCCGAAGAAAAGCAUUGGAACAUGCAGCAUAUGAAGUUGAAGAUUCUCCCGCCAUGUUGGAUCGGUUGCUAACAACAAAAGACGACGGUCCGCUUACGGAUACAGAAAUUGUCCACAACAUUUACUCUAUCGUAGGAGCGGGUAACGAUACGACGGCACACGCACUUGGGCACACCUGUCUCUUUCUCGCAAUGCAUCCCACGGUGCAGACCAAACUGUACCGGGAAUUAUGUGAUGUGUUUUACAACCUUGCUGAACCUCUCACGGAGCAAAAGCUGAAGCAAUUAAGCUACAUGGAGCGUGUGCUAAAGGAAAGCUUACGUUUGGCACCACCAGGUGCAACGGUUGCACGCGAAGCUCAGGAAGAUUUGUGCAUCGAAGGACAGUUCAUUCCCCGUGGCACAACGGUAGUUGUAAGCUUGUUUGCACUGCACCGGAGACGAGACUUUUGGGGCGAUGAUGCUGAUCAGUUUGAUCCGGAUCGAUUCCUGCCGGAACGAAGCAUGGACAGACCAUCCGUUGCCUAUAUGCCAUUUAACACUGGUAGCCGCAAUUGUCUCGGUUCACGGUACGCUAUGCUGAGUAUGAAAGUAAUUUUGACGAUGAUUGUUCGCACUUUUCAACUGCGUACAACGAUGACAAUGAAGGAGAUGAAGUUUCGGUUCGAUAUUGCACUCAAACAGGAGCAUGGAUAUUUAAUAGAACUCGAACGAAGGAUAUAAAAGAAAUGAAGCAAUCUUUUCAAAGGCGCUUACC